AUGAACAACGAGAAUAAGGAGCUGGUGCAGGCACUCUCUGGAAUGCUCAUCCAAGCAUUGAGGGAAUCCAUGGGACCCGCCCUCCAACAACCAAUAAACUCAGUUCGAAAUACAGCUUUCGCUACCAAGCUGAUGAUCGAUGUGAACAUAGACGGCAAGCGUACCGAAAUGGAAUUGGACACAGGAGCACCCUGCGGGAUUAUAGGCGAAACGACGUUACGGGCAAUUAAGGCAAGAUAUUCUCUUAAGCCAACGGAUAGACAAUUUACCAGCUAUACGGGACAUCGGAUCAAUUGUCUUGGUCGCUUACCGGUGAACGUAAAAGUAGGUGACGUAACGCGUAAGCUUAACCUGUAUGUCGUAUCUGGGAAAACAGACUCGCUCUUCGGUCGUGAGUGGAUCGCACACUUCGCGGACCAGUUAGACCUCGGUAAAAUGAUAGCUCCAAACGCAGCGGUGAAUACCAUCAGUUCCAAGCUCACAUCAGACCGUGAAACUCAACUGAACUCGUUGCUCAACAGUUAUGAUAAUGUGUUUAGCGAAGUACCCGGUAAACUGACAGGUCCACCCGCUUCAGUACAUCUCAAACCCGAUGCCACACCCAUUUUCGCGAGAGCACGAGAUGUUCCAUAUGCAUUACGCGAUAAGUAUGCCGCGGAAAUCGAAAAGAAACUCAAAUCUGGUUUCUAUGAGAAGGUGGAGUACUCCGAGUGGGCUUCGCCGACGCACGUAGUGGCUAAGAAAAAUGGAAGCAUUCGAAUCACCGAAAAUUACAAGCCUACUGUGAAUCCGAGAAUGAUCAUCGACGAACAUCCGAUCCCCAGAGUAGAUACCAUUUUUAACCAGAUGAAAGGAGCUACACUUUUCUGCCACCUGGACAUCACCGAUGCGUAUACUCACUUGCCGAUAGACGAAGAGUUUCGGAAAAUACUCACCUUAAAUACCACUACACACGGGCUUAUACGUCCAACGCGUGCUGUGUAUGGUGCCGCCAACAUACCCGCGAUCUGGCAACGUCGAAUGGAGGAAAUUCUUCUAGGACUUACGAAUGUUGUUAGCUUCUACGACGACAUCAUCGUAUUUGCCAAAAAUUUUGAAGAACUGCUACAAGCUCUGACGCGCAUUUUGAGUAGAAUCCAGCAAAGUGGCUUGAAGCUCAAUCGUUCGAAAUGUGUUUUUGCUACCUCGUCACUCGAAUGCUUAGGACACCGCAUCGAUCGCGAAGGACGACACAAGUCUACAAAACACAUUGAAGCGACUCGAGACGUACCAAGACCAUCUAACCCUGAAGAACUGCAGCGGUUUCUAGGAAAAGCCACAUACUACUCAGCGUUCAUACCCGAUUUGUCUACAAGAGCAAAACCGUUACGCAGUAUUUUGUCUGCAGAGCAAUUUGAAUGGACAGCCGAAGCUGACGAACCUUUUCGAGAUAUAAAAAACAUCUUGAUCUCUCCACAAGUGCUUAUCCAGUACGACCCGGCACUACCACUGAUACUAGCAACGGACGCUAGCAAGACAGGCCUCGGAGCAGUACUCUCGCAUCGACUGAACAACGGGACAGAACGACCCAUAGCGUACGCAAGCUGUACCAUGUCACCUACGGAACAACGCUAUCCGGUGAUCGACAAAGAAGCGCUAGCGAUUGUAUGGGCCGUCAAAAAGUUUUUCAACUACCUUUACGCACGGAAGUUUACGCUCGUUACGGAUCACAAACCGUUGACGCAAAUCCUGCAUCCCGAAAAGUCGUUGCCAAUACUGGGAGGAAAUGACGAUAUAGAUGCGUUCGAGGAUUUCGUGCUCAACCAAAUCCAACAACUGCCCAUCAGAGCCGAGCAAAUCGCACGUGAAACGCGAAAAGAUGACCACUUAGGAAAGAUCCUCAACGACUUAGAACUGGGAAGAAACCUAAUACAAGCAGGGUACAAAUCACCAGAAGCAAAGUACACGACGGUCGCAAAAUGCUUGCUGUUCGAACAUCGCGUCGUCGUUCCUGAGAUCUACCGCCCUGCAAUCCUCAAAGACCUGCAUUCCGCGCACAUUGGCGUAGUCAAGAUGAAAUCCCUUGCACGAUCGUACGUCUACUGGCCAGGGAUAGACAAGGACAUCGAGAAGCUAGCCAAAGCAUGCCACGAAUGUGUACAGACAGCGUCAGCACCUCCUAAGUUCAACAAACACCAUUGGGAGUAUCCGUCCAACCCCUGGGAGCGUGUGCAUAUAGAUUACGCUGGACCCGUUGCCGGUGCAAUGCUGCUAGUCAUCGUCGAUGCAUACAGCAAGUGGCUUGAGGUGAAAGUGACUCGCUCAACCACAACGGCAGCAACCAUCGACAUCCUGGAUGAACUAUUCGCAUCCUACGGAUCGCCACUGACAGUUGUGACCGACAACGGAACGCAAUUCACUGCGGAAGACUUUACUUCAUUCCUGCAACGAAGUGGUGUUAAGUUCCACAAACGCUCCGCGCCGUACCAUCCAGCUACCAAUGGGCAAGCAGAGCGCUACGUUCAGACCGUCAAGCGAGCUUUGAAGGCAAUGAAUUCUACAAGCUCUACACUUCAAGCGAAUCUGAACGAAUUCCUUCUUCAGUACCGCAAAGUACCGCAUAGUGAAACCGGCGAGCCCCCAGCUAAACUGUUCUUAGGGCGAAACAUUCGGUCACGUCUCGACCUACUCCGUCCGCAAACCGUCCAGACCAGAGCAUCGGAGAAGCAACGAAUAACCUUCGAUCCAACGUACCGUACGUUCGAGCCAGGACAACUCGUUUAUUGUCUUUCUGGUAAUCCGAGAAUGGACAAGUGGAUUUGA